AUGACCAAUCAACUCUACGCUGUUGCUCUCGUGGCGGAGCGCAGACGGCGAGAGUCGCUAGUGGCGACGGACUGGCGCAGAGACGCAGGGGCCGGCGACGGCGGCGAGCAGGGCACGCGCGCCCCGUGCGAGUGUGUGCUCUCGUCGUCACGUCCCUCUCGUCGAGGGUCAGCGCUAUAUCGUGCCCGGUUCAUUCAUGCUAUACAUCUCGCAGUUAGUGACUAUUUUUCUGGAGUACUGAACGGAAUCGUUCUUUGA